UUUGUCGUAAUUUUGUUUGCAGGCGUGGUUUGUUUUAGCCUGUUUGUUCUACUGAUGCUGCUGCUCUUGGAUACAAAUAUAUUUGUGCUCAAGGAACACUUGGCCGUGCAAACAACACAUCAAACUUUCUUUCUGAGUGGUGUGGCAUUUCCUCGGUUGGGGUCAAAGAGAUCAUGGCAAUGAUCCUUAAUUUCUUUGUUUCAAGAUACCUUAAAGUCGUAACAGAGUUUCUGGAGGGAGAGAUAUGCAAGGUGCUAGGUGUGAAGAAGGAGAUCAAAUCGCUGACGGAAAACUUGGUCAAAAUCAGAUGUUUGAUCCAAGAUGCAGAGCGGAAGAGGCGUGUGAGCGCGUCAUUGACAACUGGGUGAGGAUGCUGAAAGAUCUCAUGUACGAUGCCGAUGAUAUCAUCGAUCUCUGCACGAUCGAAGGUGGGAAACUGUUGGAACCUCCGCCGGCGUCAGCGUCAGCGGUAAGCUCCCCUCUCGGCUUUGUUUCCUCUAGCUUUAUGUGCACUAAAUACCGUCAAGAGAUCGCUACCAAAAUCGAAGCACUUAAUGCUAGACUGAAAGAAAUGGCCGAGUUCAAUGCCUUGGUGCCUGAGAUAGUGUCGGCAACCCAAGAACCCCAACCUCACAAAACAACUACACGGGAGACAUCUCCCUUAGAAGUUGAGGAGGACACUGUAGGGGAACAAAUUGAAGUAGCUGCCCACAAUCUGAUUGAUGCCAUGCUCCAGAAAAAUAAGCAAAAGUGUCGUGUUUUGGGGAUUGUAGGGAUGGGUGGCAUCGGAAAGACCACUUUAGCACGUCAAAUAUACAACGACCAAAGGAUCAAGGACAACUUUCCUAUCAGUAAAUGGUUGUAUGUGUCUAAGGAUUAUUCCGAGAUCGAUUUACUGAAAGAGCUAGUAAGGUGUGCAGCCGAAGGUGUAGAAUCUUUUAAGGGAGAAAGCAGGUCAGAAUUGGAACCUAAACUCGCCUCUCUCCUGACCAAAAACUUGUUUCUCGUGUUGGACGACGUUUGGAGUGCAACUGUUUGGAAUGAUUUCCUCAGGAGACCACUAAGUAAAGGAGAAGGCAGCAGCACGAUCUUAGUUACCACGAGAAAAGAAAGCGUGUUGAUAGGUAUCAGACAUAGCUAUAUCCACCAAGUGGAGAAAAUGGAUGAAAAUAGUGGGCGGAUGUUGCUUCGGAAGAUAGUAUUCGAAGCUGGGGAGGAGGAUUUACCAUCUUACCUGAGACAAUGCUUUAUCUAUUGCUCCUUAUACCCAGAGAGAAGUACUAUACAUUUCAGACAGAUCGUUCGGUUUUGGGUGGCUGAAGGCCUUAUCGUAGAACGUGGAAAUAAUAAUAGGUUGAUGGAAGAUGUAGCCGAGGAGUAUUAUUGGGAACUAGUUUCGAGGAAUCUGCUACAGCUGGAUCCAUUGUACGCAGACAAUAGCUGUUGCUCUAUGCAUGAACAUUUAUGA